AUGUCUUCCCAACCGAACCAUCAGACUUCAACAUCAAGUUUACUCCAUGAUCGCUUGCAUAUCCCUGCAGAAACAAUCACUGCGAAGGAGCCCGAGGACACGUGUCAAACACAGAGAAAAGGGAAGAGAGCAGUAUUGUAUGAGCAUGACCUUAAGGAUGAUCAGGAUCAUGGCUCAAGUGGUUCAAAGAAACAAGACCAUAACGCUAAGGAGCGUUUAAGAAGGAUGAGACUUCAUGCCUCUUACCUCACUCUUGGCACUCUUCUUCCUGAUCAUUCUUCUUCUUCAAAGAAGAAAUGGUGUGCACCGUCUAUAAUCGAUAGAGUGGUCACUUACAUUCCCAAUCUACAAAAUGAAGUUGUAGAGCUAACUCUCAGAAAGCAAGAGCUUGUGGAUGCAAUGGAGAGCAAGAAGUCCCGAGAGCUAGAGCAACGAAGUCCUUCAAUUAGAACAAUCUCGGUUCAUGAAUUGGAAGGAUCAGGUAAUGAGGCUGUUGUACAAAUAUGCACGAAGAAGGAAAAGGCAGAGGAGUUCUCAAACUUGCUUCAUGUAAUGGAGGUGCAAGGUUUUAGUAUCUUAAAUGCUUCUACAACUCAAGUUUGUAGAGAUCAAAAGGUGGUUUCUUACCACUUCCAUGUGAAGAUGGAUGAAAGGCCAAGUGGAGGUGAUGACUACAUCACAAUGUUGAAGAAAAACAUCAUUUCUUCGCUCUCGUGA